AUGAUCCUUACUGCGGGCGUUCGCUGCUUCACCCGGCACACGGUUGCAACGGAGCUCCACUUGGCUAUACAUGUACGUGGCUUGGCUAUACAUGUACGUGGCUUGGCGUUAGGUAUGAAUCAGCUCGCGAUUAAUAUGAUUGGUAAGAAUUUUAUGAAAUACUUAGUGGCCCCUAGUCCUGGUGUCUGUAAGAUUGAAGUUGCAAACGCUAGUGCAGUGUCUUCCAGCCGAACCGUUCCGAGCCGGUGGAGCGGAAGCGCGCAGUCACUUAGUAACGCAUGA